GCCGGCCGGGGCGGAGGGGCGCGCGGGCCAUGCGGGGCGGCGCCCAGGAGCAGGAGCAGGAGCAGCGGCGGGGCGGCCGGAGCGCGGCCGGGCGCAUGGCCGGAGGAGGAGGAGGAAGCGGCGGCGGGCGGGCGUGAAGCGGCGCGGCCAGCCGGGCUUGCACCGGGCGCCCCUCUGCCCGGCCGGGCCGGGAUGGCGGCGGCGGGGGUGAGCUACUCGCCGCCCUGGUGGGUCAGCCUGCUGCACCGCCUGCCGCACUUCAGCCUGAGCUGGGAGGCCGCCCCCGACGAGUUCCGGCCCGAGGACCCCCAGUACCAGCAGGCCUUGUUGCUGUUGGGAGCAGUCUCUUUGAUGUGCCUCGCUCUGGAUCUCCUGUUCCUCCUCUUUUACUCCUUCUGGCUGUGUUGUCACCAUCGGAAGAAUGAAGAACAACUGAAUGCAGAUUGUUGCUGUACGGCGUGGUGUGUCAUCAUUGCAACUCUAGUGUGCAGUGCUGGCAUAGCAGUGGGCUUCUACGGGAACGGGGAGACCAGUGAUGGCAUCCACCGGGUGACAUAUUCCCUACGACAUGCCAACCGCACAGUGGCCAGUGUCCAAGACCGGGUUUAUGACACCGCCAUUGCGCUAAACAAAACCGCAGAGCCCAAUUUAGGAGACCUGGAGAUAAUAUUCAGUAAGCAGACGCAGUAUCUGCACGUGGUUCAAAAGCUCCAGGGACUUUUGGAUGACCUGGUAAGACAAACCACAGAGAUUCCUUUCUGGAAGAACCACCAGGUUUCAUUAGAAGACUUGGCCAUUCGUAUUGACCUGUACGACUGGUACAGAUGGUUGGGCUAUCUGGGCCUGCUCAUGUUCCAUGUUGUGAUAUGUCUGCUGGUGCUAUUUGGACUAAUCAGAAACUCAAAGGCCAUUCUCAUUGGUGUGUGUCUUCUUGGGGUGCUGGCCCUAACGGUGAGCUGGGCGUCACUGGGACUUGAGCUGGCGGUGGCUGUGGGUUCCAGUGACUUUUGCAUUAACCCCGAUGCUUAUGUGUCCAGGACGGUGGAAGCCUACAGUGUGCUGAAUGCAGAUACGUUGAACUAUUACCUGGUCUGUGGUGCUGGCUACCCCAAUCCCUUUCAGCAGAAGCUGUCAGUUAGCCACAAAGCCCUGGUAGAAAUGCAGGAUGAUGUUCUGGAGCUCCUGAAGUUGGCCGUUAAGGAAUAUCCUACCUCUAAGGAGCACCUGAUUCGAGUUCAAGAAGUGCUGAACUCCACAGAGGUCAACCUGCAGCAUCUGACCGCUUUGGUUGACUGUCGGAGUUUUCAUUUGGAUUAUGUCCAAGCUCUGACCGGCUUCUGUUAUGAUGGUGUAGAAGGACUGAUCUACUUGGUCCUCUUUUCCUUCGUCACGGCUCUGAUGUUCAGCUCUAUAGUGUGUAGUGUCCCACACACUUGGCAGCAGAAGAGGAGCACCGAAGACGAUGGAGAGGAAGAAUCAACUGCUCAAGGGAACCGGCAAACUCACGACAACUUGUACAGAGUCCACAUGCCGAGUCUCUACAGCUGUGGCAGCAGUUACGGCAGCGAAACCAGCAUCCCGGCAGCUGCACAUACCGUCAGCAAUGCUCCCGUCACGGAGUACAUGACCCAGAACACCAAUUUCCAGAAUCCCCGUUGUGAGAACACUCCUCUGAUUGGCCGUGAAUCUCCACCUCCUUCUUUGUAUUUGGCUGCCAUGGACAGUAGCAGCCAUAUGAGCUGGCAGCUUAAGCCCUCGGACAGUGCUCGGACCUACUGGUAGCAGCGCCCGCAAAAACGGAACAGUACACCUCCAGCAUGAGAGCCAAAUAUCUCGCCACCAAUCAGCCUCGGCUGGAUUCUGGCAGCGUGCACUGAAAACGCCUGGAAGUGGAAAAUGGAACGAAACGGGCCAACCUCGCGAGUCUCUGUGGUCUUCGCAGAUCUAUCCUGCUUUUCUCCCCCAGUCCAGGGUCCAGCUCAGUUGCAUUUCCUGCUGCUUCUUCUUCCCCAGCUUGGCCCGUGUCCACGUGAAGACACCUCCGUAGAAGCUCAUUGCAGUUCCAGGCUCCGUCCCCUCGCAGUUCUCACUCUUCAGAGAGGGGGACAUCUCCACGUGCUCAUGCCCACUUGCCGAAGCCUCCCUGUGUUCCUUCGCUGUGUGGGGAAUCCACUUUUGAUGCCAAGUUGACCAUCUUCUCCCUAAGGCUUCUCUCUAACCCAUCGAAAACGAUUGGAUGAACCAGAUGACUUAAAACUGGAUCGUGGUGUGGAAGUGCUCUUGACAGGGCACGCCGAAACUAAAGCCAUCUUUAAUGUCCACUACGCCAUGAAACUCAGAUAACUCCCGGCUUUGCCUGCAGAUCUCUUCUCGGUUCUCCUGCCAGCACUGGUGGAUCUCCAGCCUGGGAUCUUGGCAAGUCCUUGGUUCCUUGCCUAUUACAACACAGUCUACUAAUUUAACCCUUUGCAGUUCUUGGAUACCUGUAGAGCAAGUUUACUCCUCUCUUUUACUGCCUGGAUUUAAAGUCCUGGAGAGAAGGAGGAGAAGGCUUUCUGGAUAUCAUACAUCCGUGUGGUUGAUUGUAUGUGCUUGUUUGCAUACACAUACAAACACAUCCUUAUAGGAACACACUGUGCUCUAUCUGCCUUUUUCCCAUGUGUCUGUACUUCCUACCAGCUCUCACCAAACAUCUUUUGAGCUGAUGUGAAGUCAUCACACUGGACUACCACUCUUUUGGUGCCAAAAUAUUCCAGGAAAAUAUUGAAGGAGCAUUGUAGGUCGAAGGGAAGCGCUGUGAAAGAUCAAAUUUUGGGAGAAGGAUUCGACAGGCAAAGGGAAUACCAGCAAAACUCAGCUUCUUCCCAAGAUGUCCUACUAGGUUAGACUUCUCCUUGCUUUUUGUUUGGGCUUCUUUGGGGGGUUAGGACAGACGAAUUCCUGGAAGUGUUGAUGUGAGAUGGAGAAGGGAGACUUGUCACUGGUCCUGUAUCCUUAAAUCAGGAAGCAAAGAUAAAAUAUUGUUAUGGGAAGACAAUUUGGGGAUUCAGGAGUGGAAGGGUGUCCAGCUAGCCUCUCACUUUUAAUUUGAAGAUCAUCUAUGGACCAGUUGCUUCUUAACUUGUUGACAGUAAAGCUCAGCAACAAAUUGGGAAGAAGAACAAUUGCUGUAGGGCCCCUACCGGUGUUCCUACUAUGUGAGAUGAUUAAGCUAUUGAAUAGUUGCACUCUAUUCUUAUUUAUCUCUUGGGUCUUCUCAUUUUAAAGCACAAAGACUUCCUUUUCAGGUUUUGCACAUUUGAGAGGAAGUUUUGCUUGCUUUCACCUUUAGAGAUGGCCACACGUACCUCCACCUACUUGCUUGCUUGCUUGCUUUGAAAACCUAGAUUAUUAGCAGGCUUUGAAAUCCUUAGAUGCAGCUUGCAAGCAGAUUGAGAAGAUACAAAACCACUGUUACUAUUUCUUGAGCAUCAGGGUCACGUAAGCCAUUGUUUGUGAGUAUGUGCAGGUAGCCUACUCGGCUUUGCAAUCUAUCUCUAGAUCCCAGGAAUGCAGCUCAGCACCCAGAUGUGUUAGGAGAGGAACUGGACAUGCUUCCAACCACAAAGGUAUUUGUACAAAUGUGACACCCCAGAAAUACAUUCCUUUGUAGUCUACCUUUUGAAGUGUGCCCUUAAAAGAAAAUUUGAGUUGUCUGAAUCAUCACAGAACUUCAGAAGAACAUUCUUGGUAGUUUAGUUUGCAGAGAGCAGGAAGACAAUCCUUCCUCCCCAAUCUUCUCCAGAUGGAAGAAAACUUGAGUAUGACCAUCUUAAGGCAGGGACCAGCAACAUAGGUUGUAAUAACCACUACAGAAAGUGACUUUCUCCUGAGAAGGAGCCAUCGCUUUGAUGGUGAAGAAGCUUCAGCUUGGUGUGCCCAACACUCACUGAAGCAUUUUCCAACAGGCAGAAGACAACCUCAGAGAGAAGACCAAGCUAUCAGGUCGGAGUUUGAUGCAGGCUGAGUUUUCUCCAGGGACUUUGAACUCAGCCAGACUUUUCAGCUAACCAAGAUCACAGAAUCAUCUCAACAUACGGUGUGCUUCUAUUGACGGGGCCAAGAGUCCACUAGAUGUGUGUCUAUACACACAGACACAUGUAAAUAUGGAUUGCUGGGGACGCCAACAAUUGCUGGAUCUUGUGGUGGAGCAUGCCUGAAUGGCUCUCUUUCAGAAAAUGUGAGUGUGCAUGGUCACUUGUAUGCCUUUAAAGAGAAGCAGGGAGCACCUUCCCCAUCUUCUCCUUCGUGCCAAGCAUCCGUGGCAAAACCAUUUCGACUGCUAAGGGCUGUUCACCGCUGGCUGGCUGUCCUCUCCUUCCGAGCCAAGUUCCCUCCCUCCCUCAAUUAUUGGCUGGCAGAGUGUUGACUGUUGGCUGGCUUGGUGUCUUCAUCAGGGCUUCUGCACCAGCUUCUGUGGUAUAGUAGGCGAACCCCACAAAAUAUUUUAUUUUCCUGUUCUCUUAGCUUUCUCUCUUCAGUUUUUUUUUUUUUUUUUUUUGCAAGUCCAAGAACUCCCAGGACGUCGUCCUUGAUUUUUCCGGCCACUCGGUCAGGAGGGUGGGAAACCAUCCCUAUGGACCUUUUGGCCUAAGUUCUGAAAUUCAAGUGACAUUGAGUAGGGGACAAAUAAGUUGGAGUGGAAAAAUGGAGCCCUAAAACUCUUCCUUUCUUUCCUUCCUUCCUUCCCGAGGGAUGGUAGCCAUUGGCAAGGGAAUUGCUUUUCCCGCGACAACAUCACAGCCCUUCCCUGAAAGCAAUCCUAAAAGAAAACGUGGACUGUCUCAAGCUGAUGAAGCGUCUGUCCACAAUGUGAAAUGUACAUAGCAUGGGGAUGGACUUCUCCCAUCCAGUGUUGAAGACUGCAUUGUAAUUGUUUGAAAAAAAACAAAAAAACACCGAGUCAAGACUUUUGGCUGUGAAUUUAUUUUUCUGUGUGCUGUCCAAAAGUGUUCGUGUUUUUGUAUCCUGUCUGUAAUAUUAGCUCACUUCAUUUUGAAUUUUCUUUGGCUUCGUAAGAUGAGAAAAGGUUUAAGGUUAAAAAGAAAAAAAAGUUGAUAUUCAUCCAUGUAGCUAAACUUGAAGGUUAGGGUCUUCUCAACUAGCCUCAAUUUUUUUUUAAAAUCUGGUGGGUAUGUGUGAAUUAAAUACCUCAGGUACAGCCAGCUUAACUGGAAUGGAAGGGAUAGGAAUGAGUAGCUUGAACCUGGCCUAAACGAACAAUUUUACCAAGGACAAAAUUUCUGGAGCAUCACAGAAACUUUAGCGUGGGUACGUUAAAUUCAGUUGUUGCUCCGACCCAGCACACUUACCACGUAGACCUGUUGUACUUGUCCAUCUGUGGCCCAUCAAAGACUCAAGAUCUAUGUUUUCCCCAAAGCAUGCUGGUGCUUCGUAAGGUCUACUGGCCAGUUGAGUAGUUGGGAAUAUCUGUUGGUGUUUCUCGUAGGGUGCUUAGUGCAUUUGAGAAGGCCAAGGCAUCCUUGUGAUCUGUGUGUUACCAUCUUGAACAGCGAGGAAGGGCAGAAGGUGUGGGGGGUUGUGAUCCUUGUAGCAAGCCAGGUCAAGAGAAGGUUGACUGGUGGGUCUGGUCCAUCGUUCAUAGACGGAGGCCACUAGAGCAGAAGAAACGUUGCUUUGGGGGUUCAUCUGCUUUAAGACUCGCUUAACCAUUUUCUUCAAAAGACUGAGACUUAGGAUUUAGUGCAUCGGGUCGUGUCAAAAGCUUCUUGCGGUGAAGGUUCUGGACAUUGUUCAACUGCAUCUGUGCCAAAAAUAAGUCUUUUAAAAGCCAUAGAGGUGAAACGAGGCUGGAGUUGUGCAGCCUUUGGUCUUUACCCCACCCUUUCUGAGCUGUGGUAUAAGGGGAGGUGCUCCAUUGGCUACCUCCCCCAUCAAUCUGGCAUCUUCCUCCAGAAGUAUGAAGCUUGAAGUAUCAAGUGAAUAGAUCGAGUUCGGGUGUCUCUGAUGAGGGCCAACAGAGAAAGGUAGAUGGCAGCUUCCUGCAGCUUGCAAGCUGUUGUCUUCAAGAGACCUAGAAGGGUCUGGCCUGGACCACAUUGGGUUAAAAAAGCCUUUUCUUCAGAAGAAAAAAAAAAUGACCCUUCAGCUUUCUGUUUCUAUUCUUUAUCCUGUAAUUGAUGGCCAAGUAGAUAGACCCAUCUAGGUCUCUUCUCAUUUUUGAGGCAUGUUUCUCAAAAGAGGGGGGCUUCAAACCAUGCAUGAUCACCCAAGUUCUUUAAGAGUGAAUCUCUCAGAUCUGAAGGAGUAGAUCUCUGGAUCCUAGGUGUGGGCAUGUCAUUGUGAUCCAUAGCUAGCUUUGAGAUCCUUGGAGCAUCACUCCUCCAUGUAACAAGGCAGGUUCUUGGCCUGGUCCUCUGGUGCAAAUGGAGCAGAAAACUCGACCACCAGCCAUUGGUAAGAGUCCCGAGUUAAGAGGACCAGUGCUUUGGUUCAAUCCAAGGCAGAUGCUCCUGCUUGUAGCGAAUGAGUUUUUGCUGAGAGAGGUGACGCCUUCUGCCACCAGGAGAGGCGUUGAGAAAGUGAUGGGACCUCUCUCCACAAUCGGCUAAGGUCUAGUGUGGAAGACCACCCCAUUCUUGUUAGUUAGUCCUCUGAUUUCCCAUGUGAACCAUCUCCCAACCUCAAGGGAGUUUCUGAGAGAGAAAAUGGUGCACUAGGCCCAAACGGCACAGCUACACAACAACACCCUCAGAAACCAAACUUACAGCCCGUUUGAUCAGGGCUGAAGCGUGGACCGCAGUAAGCAGUGCUGGACAUUUUCUUACCUUUUAACAACGCAACAACAACCAGCAGCAGCAGCUGCUGCUUGGACUAGCCUCAGGCUAGUUCUCGGUGCUUUUGUGUCUUCAACAACCACACUUUUCUCUCUAUGCAAGGAGGGCGUUCCUCCUGUUUGCACUCCUUCCUCUCCAGCACCCGGAUCCAUCUCUCAAGUUGGGUUCGGAUCCAUCUCUCAAGUUGGGUUGGACACCCGUCCCCCUGAACCAACUCAGCUUUUCAGGGAGCUUGGGUGGGGAUUCUGGGAACUGUAAUCCCUCAGAGCUGCUGGUCCCCAACAUGGCGAAGCUUUGCUUUCCUUCCCCAUGGAAUAUUUCCUUCCUUCCCGGGAACAGGCCUGUUUUAUUCUCUUCCCCCACUUCAGUAAAUUUUGCUUUGAACUCUCUGUUAGGGUGGCCAGUAUUGGGGCUUGCAAACAGGUCCACUAAAACCCCAGUUACAAAGAAUCCUGGUUUAUUACCCAUCCCACCCUGGUUUAUUACCCAUCCCACCCGCAUCCUAAGUUGGCAGGCGAUGCCCUCUACGAUGCAGGGCCAAACUUCACCUUUUGAUUUCCGCCUGUCUGGGACUACGAAAGGCACAAGAGCCGAGUGAGUUUGGUGCUGUGGUCCAUUGGCAACCCGCGAUUCUGUUUUCCUCUCCUCCGUUCAUUAAGAGACAUAAACCUGGGAAUUGUUUGUGACUUUAAUUCUGUCGAUCUCCAAUUUUAUUUUAUUUGUUUUAUUUUUGUUUUAUUUUUUGAGAGGUGCGGCAAAUUCUACCAAGUCAAACUCUGGCUGGCAUUUUCAAAUCGGGUUUUGCUUCAAACCACAAUGGUUAAUAAUACAGCCUUCUACUUUUGUGUAUACAUAUAUAAUAUAUGUAUAUUAAAUAUAUAUAAAUAUAAUUUUUUAAAGCCUUUAGACAUGACUUAGCUUCUUUCAAAGUUCUCCACCGGACCCCAAAAUGUUUUUGAAAUUUCGCGGGGGUUUAAACGAUGGGGGGAGAGUGGCUGUCAGCCUGACCACGAUUAUUUUUUUUAAACUUUUCUUUUGACUUUUGGUUGAUUUUAUGACAUUGUACUGUAGCUGUUUUGUUUUUGUUUUUUUUACCGGUUUGUGUCCUUUCUGUUCUGCAGAUAUUACAAGAGAAACAAUUCUAAGUGUAAUUCCUGUGGUUUAUAUUCAGCUUGGGUUUCAUGUUUUAAAAUAAACAACUUUGAAAAGGCGA